AUGGUCAAGCAAGCGACGCAAUAGACUCUCAUUUUCUUCCUUCUCUUUACUACUCAGUCUGCCUUUCUUCCUUUUCUGACGUACUCGCAUGCAACAUAAUAUACCGUUCUAGUUUUUUUUUCCCUAACGAUCGCGCUCUAAAGGAGGCAAAUUAUAGUUAUGAAUUGCAUGUAAUAGAAGGCGGCCUGCUCGCUGCUCUGUCCACGAUGUUCUACGCAUUUCACGGCAGUUUCCUUGUUUUUUUUUCUUGGUUCUGUUGCCCACGCUCAAUUACCACGUACGAUUCAUCCGAUCUCAAACUGUAUCCUUUAUCUGUUUCAAUCCUCAUUCUUUUCAACAGCAUUUAUUGCCUCGGAUUUUUAGUGCAUUUUCGAUUGCUUUCGCUGUCAACAAUAGGUGAAAUUUCGUCGAUAUUGUUGCACCCCUUGAACUCUUGCUAUCAGUGUGAACUGUUGGACAACUUCCUCUCAGCUUGUAAAGGCCUUAUUGUGCACAUAUUUUAUAUGUUUCUUGACGAGUAUAUAUCCUAUGGCGAACCUUCGAAAGCCCUAUGUAUAGCAGACGCACCACAUUUUCAAUGUAUAAUCAAGUAAAUGAAGUAGGAAAACCAGAAAGAGCAAGUCCCAGCGCGCAAAAUAAAGCAAAAAUCUAA